GGGGGGCGUGGGGCCAUGGAGGAGCUGGGUGGUGUGCGGCCCCGUGUCACCUUCUUCCCACCACCCGAGAGCAGGGAGCCCACCAGGGCCUGCUGUGUGGACUUUGACAUCAGGCUGGGUGACCAUGAGCUCCGCAGCUCCCUGUCCCGAUCAUCUGGCCGCUCCAGCCACCAUACCCUGCUGCUCCUGGAGAAGAAGAUCAAUGUUUAAAGUGAUAUUUAUGGAUUUUGGAGCUUCUUUGGAGCUUUGAGGUCACCUUUGUGGCAGGGAGGGAUCUGGCAGGAUGUCUUCCUUCAUAGAGACAAGCACUUUCUUAAAGGUAAAGCACUUGGAAGAGGCCAAAAAGAAGAUUGAACAUUACCACCAACAGCUGCAGCAGCAAUUUGUGAAAGAGCAGGAGAGAAAAACAGCACGGUGGAAGAAGGCAUCAGAAAGAGAGGAUCCAAAACACGUGUCAUGGCUGCUUGGAUCAGAGAGUCAAAGGGUGCAGACAAACCCCUCACUGGAAAAAGAAGAAAGGGAUAUUCAGAGUAAAGGUAGAAUCCCCAAAGCAGGAUGGAGGUCAGCUUGUGGACAAACCACAGCACUGAAGCAUCAGGACAGCGCACCUGGACAUAAUAAAUUUCUUCUUUCAUGCUGGCACUGGGGACAGGCUGGUGUCUGCCUACAUCGAUUGGCUGGAGAGGCUCUAUAAAGAAAGAAGCGUGGUGAAAAAUAUGGAAAUGCCAAUAAUGCAGCAGAGUUUUGGAGGAGCCUGGAGGCUGUUAGACUGGGGUGGCCUCUGCUGGCUGCCCCUGGGUCUUCCUUGUUGGAAACCACUGGGAGAAAUGGGCAAGUUUAGUGCGUGUGGGCUUCUGAGAUUGGUCCAGACACCUGCGUGAUCAAAUCGUGCCGGCGCUGCACCCUUGGCACGUUGGGUCUGGGCGCUGGCUGAUCCCCAGACCUGGUCGUGCAGGGGCUGCUGGCAAGGCUUCGUGCUCUGAUCUCAGCGCCCUGACAGUUCUGCUGCCUGCAGAGGGUGCUGGUGGCUGAGACUGGAGCCGAGGGCAGGAUAAAUCCCAACAGCAGCCAGCGCUGCCACCCAGCCCAGGUCCCGGCUGCCACCUGUAGCAGCAGGCAGGCAGAGAUGUGCACGAUGCCUUCCCUCGCCCAAGAGGCUGCAGGGCCAGCAGGUGCAGCACUGCUCAGACCAGCUGCUCUGCCCAAAGCGCCACGUGGGCAGCAGCGGGUGUGGGCAGGCUGACAGCUGGGAGCCACUUGGUUCAUGGAAUCGUAGGCCGGAAAAGACCGCUAAGAUCACGUAGUCCGACUGCUGACCGAGCCCCGCCACGUCCCUCAGUGCCACAUCUCCGUGCUUCUGGAAACCCGCCGCGAACAGCGACUUCAGCCAUUGCGCCUGAACCCACCCGCUGCCACCGCCCCCAAAAUGGCCGCCCGGCUACGUCACGGCCUCUCCUCGCUUUUCAUUGGAUAAUAGCACUGCCCGUCAAGCGAGCGAAGACGCUGAGUGGUUUCAAGGUGUCGGGAAAGAGCCCGCCCCGCCCACGGGUUGCCUAGCGACCGGGGGACGCCGGCGGCAGCGCGGUCCGGUCGGCAGCGAGCGAAGCGUGAGGGAGCGCGGCUCCGUACCGCCCUUCUGUCGGCCGCACAGACUGCGAGCCUCCUCUCACAGCCUUCCGAGGGUUGCAGAGCUGCAGUCUGAUCUCUGCCUCAGCUGCUGCUUAGGAGCUGGGAGCUCUCACCGCACCGGCUUGAAAGCCAGGAGCCCCUUGCUGCCGUCCCGCCGCUGUGCUCACGGCCGUGGCUGCUUACAGCCUCCUGGGGCAGCGGUCAGCCCUGCUGGCAGCGCCGUGCCUUCGUGGCCGUACACCGAGGGCCUGUGUAGGAGAUGCUGUGUCUCUUCUAGACCUGAAAACAAUGAAGUCCCCGCGUGUUUAAUGGGAGCUGUGUUCCAGUGCUCCGAGUAUCAGCGCAGGACGCAAAGGAAAGAAACAAAUCCCUGGCAAUGGGCACAGGGGCUGCAGAGAAGGCAAUGAUGGCAGCAGACGCCGUGAAGGUGUCAGAUCUGCGGUGGUUGAAACCUAAUAGCAUUGAGACAGAAAGAAUCCUAUCCGUCUUGGAUGAGACGAUUGCCAAGCUGGAGCUGAGCUCCCUGAUCCCACGUAUUAUCAGCUCUCUGGACAGGUUUGCUGAUCUGCUGGGACCUGAGAUCACAGCCAACCUGGUGGAGUACCAGAAGCUUUCAAAGCAAAUGGAGCAGCUGCUCGUUGCUGCUGAAGAAGAGGACGCUGCAAAUCAAAGGGGCUCUCUCCACUUGCUGGGACAACAUCUGAAAUGUUCUGUUAGAAAUAUCUUGAGACUCCUGUUGGCCACCCCUUCACUUUGUAAGGCUCUGAAAUAUGAAGUUUGGGCAAGAGAGCCAGCAAGAGAGCCAGCAACUGAAGCAUUUAUCAAAGCCUUUGGGGAGUUCAGGAAUUUCAUGCUUGAGCGACUCCUUACUAGUCCUACAAAAGAGGAAGAAACGGUUCGGCUCAUGGAAAACAUCUCCCUCCGGAUCAACAAAAACACUGAAACAAUCACAGCUUUGCAGGCAGAACUGGCAGCAGCAAUCAGGACCCGAGAUGAGGAGAUUCAGAACAAAGACAAUAUGAUCAAAGAUCUCAAAAACAGCAUGGAAGUUCUAGAUGAAUGCUCCAAGAACAACAUCCUGCAGGUCAAGCAGGAAGGUGAAAAACAGCAAAAAGAAGAGCUGCGAGCUUCCCAGGCCAGGUGUGCCAGGCUACAGCAGGACAUUCAGCAGCUAGAAGAACAGCUCAAUAAGCAGGUGCUGGAGCAUCGAGCAUCAGAGUUGGCUCUCAGAAAGAGAAAAUGCAGAGUGGAGACGGAAAUUCUGAACUGGGUCCAGGCAUAUGACACAGACAUGGCAGAAAAACAGGCUGAGUUUGAGGAGGUUCAUGCUGCCUACACCAAGGAGAAGGCCGAGCUGUCCCUGCUGAUGGAGAAACAUGCUGUGCUUCUCCAGGAGUAUUCCCAGAUUGAGGAGGAGCGCAGGAUAAAUGAGGAGAAGAAGAAGCAGGCUUUGGAGAAAUUGGCUGUCAUGACCCGCGCUGCCACCCGCAUCCAGGCCUUCUGGAGAGGCUACUUGAUCCGGUCUAUCUUCAAGCCAAAAAAGAAGAAGAAGAAGGGCAAGGGCAAGGGCAAAGACAAGAAGGAAAAGAAAUAAUCACAACAUCUAUUUUCUCUCCCGUCAAAGUAGCUGACUUCUUUGAGACAGAGCACUUCCAGAUAAAAGCAUUAGGGUUGAAAUAGCAUUUGCAGUAAGGCCCAAACAGUCCAGGGCUGGAGCUGCCUCACAUAGUAUAACAAAGUAUUGGCAUGAAGACACGUUUCACUGUUUUAGGUUUAGCUUUGCUAGCUCUAAAAGAUGGAGGAGGUCUUCUGGUGAAGGGACUGGGCUAGGUGUAUCAAACACUGGGUUCUCUCCAAUUCUGUUGUUACUGAAGGUGGGAAUAAAAUCAUUCCUAAAGGUA